AUGUCUACUACCGUAUGGGAGCAAGAAAAGGAAAGGGGAAAGUCGGUCCCUGUCACGGUUCACAACGUCGAUAUUGAGGCUWCCGAAUCCGACAAUGAUAGCUCCGUCGACAGCUUCACGGUCCUCGUCGCCGAAGACCAUCAACAUGACAUCUCUCUCCGAACCAUGUCCUGGCAGAAAGCAGCUUGGCUCCUCGCUGGAGACCAAGUCUGUCUCGCUAUCAUGGCUCAAUCUUGGUCUCUCUCUGUUCUUGGCUGGGUCCCAGGCAUCAUCACAAUGCUCGUAGCCGGAGCGCUCUUCUGGAUUACCUCCAUCACAAUGCACAAGUUCAUCAUGAAACAUCCACRAAUAAGGGAUAUCUGUGACUUUGGAUACUAUGCAUUCGGGAAGAGCAAGGUGGCAUACUGGUUCACAGCAUUCAUGCUGCUUGCUAACAACAUCCUGCUCAUUGGCUUCCACAUCCUCACUGGUGCCAAGGUCCUCAACACACUCUCCGACCACAGCAUGUGCACCGUCGUAUUCUCAGUCAUUGCAACUGUCAUGGGUAUCACCAUGUCGGUCCCUCGCACGCUCAAGCAUGUCUCAUUCAUGUCCAUGUUCUCGGCCGCAUGCAUGGGAAUUGCGAUCCUCCUCUUCCUUGUCUUCGCCGGAAUCGAGAAGAAUCCCCUUUUUGGAUACAACGGAUCAUACCCCGAGGCUGGCGAAGUCAUGACCACCGCCUUCCCAGCAAAGGGGACCACAUGGGUGGCUUGCAUGAACGCCGUCUUGAACAUCACAUUCCUCUGGGUGCCUCAGAUCCUCUUCCCUACCUUCAUUUCCGAAAUGGAGAAGCCACAGGACUUUCCCAAGGCACUCGCUGUCCUGGCUGGAAUCUCCGGGUUCCUAUUCAUCGUCCCACCGGCCAUUGGAUAUCAUUUCCUUGGACAGUAUACCACGGCACCAGCGUUUGGAAGCUUGGGCACCGACGUCUACAAAAAGGGCUCUUUCGCCUUCGUCAUCGUGCCCACCUUGGUCAUUGGUGUCAUCUACGCCAACGUCUCUGCAAAGUUCGUCUACAGCCGCAUUUGGGGCAAGUCUCGCCACGCACACUCCAACACCGUCAUUGGCUGGGCAAGCUGGGUUGGUGUCAUGGCAGCAAUCUGGCUGGUUGCAUUCGUCUUUGCAGAGGUCAUCCCUAGCAUGGGAGAUUUCCUCUCCCUCCUCGGCGCCGCAUUCGACUCCUUCUUCGGCUUCAUCUUCUUCGCCGUGGCAUACUACCAGCUUUACCAGGGCAAGUUUUUCACCAGCCCCCUGCGAUCGGUCCUGACGAUUGUGCAUGUCUUUGUCAUGAUCUGUGGACUCUUCCUUCUGGGACCAGGACUCUAUGCUGCUGUCAAGGCCAUCAUGGCGGACUACUCCAGUGGUGUCAAGCCUGCGUUUAGCUGCGCGAAUGUGUCGAUAUAG